GGCGGAGCGAUCCGUAGGCAGGGCCUGAUGCCGCAGUUCUCCUUGGCCGGAGCCUCAACGGAUGGGCGGGGAGGGGGCGGGGCCGGGGAACCCGGAAGGUCCGGCGCCCGAGCCGCGUUAUCUCUCUGGGCCCCGGGUGUUGCUGUCUCCCGCUGGUCUCCUGCCCAGGAGACUGCAGCCAGGAUGGGCCGGAAGGUGACCGUGGCCACCUGCGCACUCAACCAGUGGGCCCUGGACUUCGAGGGCAAUUUGCAAAGGAUUUUAAAGAGUAUUGAAAUUGCCAAAAACAGAGGAGCAAGAUACAGGCUUGGACCAGAGCUGGAAAUAUGCGGCUACGGAUGUUGGGAUCAUUAUUACGAGUCGGACACCCUCUUGCACUCGUUUCAAGUCCUAGCGGCCCUUCUGGAGUCUCCCGUCACUCAGGACAUCAUCUGCGACGUGGGGAUGCCUGUAAUGCACCGAAAUGUCCGCUACAACUGCAGAGUGAUAUUCCUCAACAGGAAGAUCCUGCUCAUCAGACCCAAGAUGGCCUUGGCCAACGAAGGCAACUACCGCGAGCUACGCUGGUUCACCCCGUGGUCAAGGAGUCGGCACACGGAGGAGUACCUUCUGCCUCGGAUGAUACAGGACCUGACAAAGCAGGAGACUGCGCCCUUCGGAGAUGCAGUGCUGGCGACGUGGGACACCUGCAUUGGAAGUGAGAUCUGUGAGGAGCUCUGGACACCCCACAGCCCGCACAUCGACAUGGGCCUGGAUGGAGUGGAGAUCAUCACCAAUGCCUCCGGCAGUCACCACGUGCUGCGCAAAGCCAACACCAGGGUGGAUCUCGUGACUAUGGCCACCAGCAAGAACGGUGGGAUUUACUUGCUGGCCAACCAGAAGGGCUGUGACGGGGACCGCCUCUACUACGACGGCUGCGCCAUGAUCGCCAUGAAUGGGAGCGUCUUUGCUCAAGGAUCCCAGUUUUCUCUGGAUGACGUGGAAGUCCUGACGGCCACGCUGGAUCUGGAGGACGUCCGGAGCUACAGGGCGGAGAUUUCAUCUCGAAACCUGGCGGCCAGCAGGGCGAGCCCCUACCCCCGAGUGAAGGUGGACUUUGCCCUCUCGUGCCAUGAGGACCUCCUGGCACCCGUCUCCGAGCCCAUGGAGUGGAAAUACCACAGCCCUGAGGAGGAGAUAAGCCUUGGACCUGCCUGCUGGCUCUGGGAUUUUUUAAGACGAAGCCAACAGGCGGGGUUUUUGCUGCCCCUGAGUGGCGGGGUGGACAGUGCAGCCACCGCCUGCCUCGUCUACUCCAUGUGCUGCCAGGUCUGCAAGUCUGUGAGGAGCGGAAAUCAGGAAGUGCUGGCUGAUGUCCGCACCAUCGUGAACCAGAUCAGCUACACCCCUCAGGAUCCCCGAGACCUCUGUGGACGCAUACUGACCACCUGCUACAUGGCCAGCAAGAACUCCUCCCAGGAGACGUGCACCCGGGCCAGAGAGUUGGCCCAGCAGAUUGGAAGCCACCACAUCAGUCUCAACAUUGAUCCAGCCGUGAAGGCCGUCAUGGGCAUCUUCAGCCUGGUGACAGGGAAGAGCCCUCUGUUCGCAGCUCAUGGAGGAAGCAGCAGGGAAAACCUGGCGCUGCAAAAUGUGCAGGCUCGAAUACGGAUGGUCCUUGCCUAUCUGUUUGCUCAGCUGAGCCUCUGGUCUCGGGGCGUCCGUGGUGGGCUCCUCGUGCUGGGAUCCGCCAACGUGGAUGAGAGAUGCUGUAAAGACAAGACCAACAGAGGGAGUGGACUUGCUGGUGCGGGACAGUGGGGAUGUUGCUGGCGAGGAGAUGAGAGCAGUCUCCUGGGCUACCUGACCAAGUAUGACUGCUCCAGUGCAGACAUCAACCCCAUAGGCGGAAUCAGCAAGACGGACCUGAGAGCCUUCGUCCAGUUCUGCAUCGAGCGCUUCCAGCUUCCUGCCCUGCAGAGCAUCCUGUUGGCGCCGGCCACCGCGGAGCUGGAGCCCUUGGCUGAUGGACAGGUGUCCCAGACCGACGAGGAAGAUAUGGGGAUGACAUACGCGGAGCUCUCGGUCUUUGGGAAACUCAGGAAGGUGGCCAAGAUGGGGCCCUACAGCAUGUUCUGCAAACUCCUCGGCAUGUGGAGACACAUCUGCACCCCAAGACAGGUCGCUGACAAAGUGAAGCGGUUUUUCUCCAGGUACUCCAUGAACAGACACAAGAUGACCACGCUCACGCCCGCGUACCACGCCGAGAACUACAGCCCUGAGGACAACAGGUUUGAUCUGCGACCGUUCCUGUACAACACGGGCUGGCCUUGGCAGUUUCAGUGCAUAGAAAAUCAGGUGCUACAGCUUGAGAGGGCAGCGCCACAGUCCCUGGACGGCGUGGACUGAGGCCAGGUCCUUCCUGGAGGCCUGCUGUCCUCGGGGACCCCAGCACCUCGUCACCAGCAUUGCUGGAGCCAAGGGUAGGAGCCCAGAACUGCACGGCACAUCAGCCGAGAAGGAGGGAACUUUUCGGUCAAAUUCCUCAAAAAGAGGCUGGAAUAAAGCCUGGGCUUAAAAAGAG